UGGGCCACGAGUGAAGGGCACAGGGAAGCCUGACUGCCAAGGGCGUGCCCUCCAGUAGGCUACGACUUGGCACCGCUUUAGGGCUGCUCACUAUAAAAGAUGUUGAGGAGACUCUCCCGCCAGCAGUUUCACUCUAACCACCAUCAUGAAAUUGAUUGUGCUCGCCGCUGUUAUGGUCGUGGCCUCUGCCGCCCCCUCCUUGUACACCGACGCCGACAGGCAGAGAGACAACCAGGCGGCCAUCGUGAAAGAUGAGCGCCUCAGCGAGGACGACGGAAGGUACAACGUCGACGUCGAAACUGCCAACGGCAUCGUCCUCUCCCAGUCCGGGUCUCCGGUUGGAGAAUCCGGGGCGAUUGGCAGCGCCGGGCAAUACAGCUACACCGCUCCCGACGGCACCGUCGUGGAAAUGAAGUACGUCGCCAACGAGAACGGCUUCCAGCCUGAGUCCCCCUUCCUCCCAGUGGCUCCCGAAUUCCCCCAUCCGAUUCCCCAGUUCGUCCUCGACCAGAUCGCCUUCGCUGCCGAACAAGAAGCUCGUCGGGCCCGCGAGGGAGACUCUUCCUCCAGGUACGAGUGAGACGCUUCGCUGUCCUCGACCACGAUCCUCUGCUGAUUCCGAACCCUGACCGAUUUUGGAUAUAUUUAUUAUAUUUAUCGAAAAAUAUAUUCUAUGGAUAAUUGGGUGCUGCAUAAAUAAAAUUUGGAAAGAGACAA